UGCUGGGCUGUGGGCGGGGCUCCGACACCAACUACACCCAUCCGUCUGCAUACAAUGAGAGUGAUGGGCUGCUGCUGGAUCCUCAGUGCAAUCACAGGAGCUCAGGAUCAGCAGCAUCAUCCCUCACAAUGUACAAAGUUACUUCUACAAGUCCCAGGAGGAUGGGGAGGAGGACAGCCGGAGCACUGAUCACCCUCAGCCACAUCUGUACCUUCAUCUGGGUGACUCUUCCUGCUGCUGGAGCUUAUAACAUCGAUGAGUCCAGCCCUAUGAUCUUCCAAGGACCCAGUGGAUCUCUGUUUGGUUAUUCUGUCAUCCUGCACAGCUAUGGGACUGAGAAAUGGAUGAUUGUUGGAGCCCCAAAAGCCAACCAGACUACCCGGCCCAAUAUUAGCAACCCCGGAGGAAUUUUCAAAUGUAAGAUUGGAGAUAACAUCAAUGGGAGCUGCGAGGCGAUGGAUGUGGGUGAACAAAACGGGGCAAAGUGUGGACGGACAUGUAUAGUGGACCAAGAUGAUCAAUGGCUGGGUGUCAGCAUGUCUAGACAACAGACAAAAGAUGGAGAACUACUGGUUUGUGGUCAUAGAUGGAAAAAUGUCCAUUACGAAAAAGUCCACAAGCUACCGCAUGGAAUAUGCUAUAAAAUACCUGCAAAUUUGCGCACAGACUUACAGAACAAAAUAUGUCCAUGUUAUAGAGAUUAUGUUAAAACUUUUGGUGAACAUUAUGGUUCAUGUCAAGCUGGCAUCUCCACCUUCUACCUAGAGGAUUUAAUCAUUAUGGGGGCACCUGGGUCAUUCUUCUGGAUGGGCUCUAUCUUCGUGUACAAUACUACACAGAACAAGAUUUACACCUAUGACAAUAAAAAUAACACCGUCAAGUAUGGCAGCUAUUUAGGUUACGCAGUCGGAGCCGGGCAUUUUAUGGCACCUAACAGCAAUGACAUUAUAGCAGGGGCUCCACAACAAGAACAGAUUGGUAAGGUCUUUAUCUUUGCAAUGGAGGGGAGGAUGCUGAUUAUGCAAUUUGAAGCUGAAGGUAAACAGCUCGGUUCAUACUUUGGAGCAUCUGUGUGUGCUGUGGAUCUCAAUGGCGAUGGACUUUCCGAUUUACUGGUUGGAGCGCCAAUGCAAAGCACAGUGCGAGAAGAGGGGAGAGUUUAUGUUUACAUGAAUGCUGGAGAAGGGAGAAUAACUGAACUGGAAUAUGAACUUUCCGGAAGUGACUUAUAUGCAGCAAGGUUUGGAGAAGCUAUUACUAAUCUCGGAGACCUGGAUAAUGAUGGAUUUGAAGAUGUGGCUAUUGGAGCUCCUCAAGAGGAAAAUUUGCUAGGAGCAAUAUAUAUUUACAAUGGAAGAGAAAAAGGAAUCACACGUUCAUUCACACAGAGAAUACAAGGGAAGACCUUUGGCUAUUCCUUGAACAUGUUUGGCCAAUCAAUAUCUCAAGGACUGGAUGCUGAUGGGAAUGGUUAUCAAGAUGUUGCAGUUGGGGCAUUUCUUUCCGACUCUGCAGUGUUGCUAAGAACAAGACCGGUUGUAACCAUUGAUGCAUCUUUAAAACUGCCAAAUUCAGUGAAUCGUACAAAAUUUGAAUGUGUUGAGAAUGGACAUCCUGCAGUGUGCAUGAAUGUCACAAUUUGCUUUAAAUAUCGAGGACGUAGCGUACCAGGUCACAUCGUUUUGCACUAUAACAUCAGUUCAGAUGUUAAGAGAAAGAGCGGCACUCCAGCCAGAUUCUACUUCUCUUCCAAUGGGACCAGUGAUGUUUAUUUAGGGAAGAUUGAAUUGUACCAAAAGUUUGCAAAUUGUAAAAUACACCAAGCAUUUAUGAGGAGAGAUGUAAGAGACAUCCUGACUCCAAUACAUAUGGAAUCCCGAUACUAUCUUGGAAGACACAUUGUUAAUAAAAGGAAUACAGAUGAGCUCAAACCACUUCUGCCAAUUUUGCAGAGGAAAGACGGGGAAGAAAAUGUGUUACGAAAUGUGGUUUCCUUUGCAAGAUACUGUGCCUUGGAAAACUGCUCUGCAGAUUUACAGAUCUCAGGAAAGGUUUCCUUCCCAGGAUUUGAAAACAAAACAUAUGUUGCGGUUGGAGGCAUGAAGACCAUCAUGGUUAACAUCUCAUUGUUCAAUGCUGGUGACGAUGCCUAUCAAUCCAAUCUACAAAUGAAACUACCCCGAGGACUUUUCUUCACCAAAGUAUUGGACCUGCUGGAGAAACAGAUAAACUGUGCCAUCUACGAGGAAGAAAAUCAGCGGACAAGACUGGAGUGUACUAUUGGUCAUCUGUAUGUUGACUCGCUGUCAAAGCAAGAAUUCUCUUUCCUCUUUGAUGCCAGUUCACUAAGCAAAGCUGAAGAAGACCUUCUAAUCAAUGUAACUGUGAACUGUCAAAAUGAGGUAAACGAGGCAUCGCUAUGGAAUAAUGAAGCCGUUUUCAUCAUUCCCACAAGAUACGAGGUCAAUGUCAAUGUACUUGGCUCGGCAUCUCCGGUAUCAUUUGUCUACGGCCCACCAGAUGAUGAGAAGAUCAUAUGCAUCAAGGAAAAAAUAGACUAUACGUUCAAAGUGAUCAAUGUUGGACCAAGUCUCGUUCCAAAUGCUGUAUUUGAGAUUAGGUUACCCAACACGUUUGCUCCAAGUGACAUCAAGUUAUUUCAGAUUUUGGAUGUUAAAACUACUACGGGAAGCUGCUAUUAUCAUACUGAUACAAAGGUCUGUGACAUACCACCUACCAACAAAACAAUAUUUAAUGAGUUCAUUGACUUCUUUUCAAGAUCUGGGAAAAGGCUUUUGUACUGCUAUAGAGAAGAUCCCUCUUGCAUACAUAUUGCAUGCCCAUUUGGAGACAUGGAAGUUGAACAUGAAGCAAUUGUGGAAGUAAAGGUGGAAACAAAUCACGCUCUUCUAGAAAUGGAGAUUUCUUCUUUUCUGCAAUUUAUGACAACAGCAGCCGUGACAUUUGGAGAGAACCGAAGAGUUAUCAACCUUCAUCAGCAACAAUCUGGACAUGUCCUAUUAGAAGCAGUGCAUAAUCAGAAACCAAGAAGUCGCGUUAUAUAUACAAUCAUCGGAAUCAGCUUAGUAUUUGGACUUCUUUUGUUUUCACUAAUGACUUAUAUCUUAUGGAAGAUCGGCUUCUUCAAAAGAAAAUACAAGAUGCUAGAAACAGACACAGACAGGAAGGAAAGUUGGAGUUUUUUAACACAAGAUAAAAGAGAAGAACAAUAAAAAUAUAUCAGGACUGAUAGCUAAAUUUAAUCUCCAUAAGUUUCGGAAAAGAAAUGGAACUUAGGAUAGCUUUACCAAACAGAACUGGUUAUUUUAGAGACUAUUUAUUGGGAUUUUGCCAAGGUGCAGAACCUGUAAUAUGUUCUAAAGAUGUUUAUUUAAAGAUCGAAAAUGCACUGUGGCCUUUGUAAGUAUGUACAUGUAUCUAAGGAUCUCAGGAAUGUAACACAAGAUUUUUAUGAACACAAUAGGAAUGUAAUUCAAAUUCUUAUUUAUAAUGUAACUUGAUGAUGUACAUUUGAUAGAUACUGUAGGUUUCAGAUAGUGAGGGACUUGGAUGCUUUAAGUUGACUAAAGCUAUGAGAAAACUGUUCAUAAUGCCCAACUGAGUAACCAUCUCAUGUCUAUGGUGGCAGCACCUGGCAUGCUAAUUGUGUAGCUCACUCUAUAAGGAGCCAUUUGUUUCAUCUAUUUUGCGAUCAAUUGUAAGGGCUUUUAUAAGCUGCUAAAAAUCUUUGUAGCUCUAGUAAAAAAAGAAAAAGAAAA